AUGGGUGAACUAAAAACAGGUAGAGGCUUGAAUCAAGAACUUGGUCUUGUUAGAGCCGGUGAUACUCGUUGGGGAUCUCACUACAAGUCAUUUGGAAACUUUAUUCGUAUGUUUGGCUCUAUUGUUGAUGUUCUUGAUACUCUUGUUGAAGAUGCAGGUACUUUAGAUGAUAGAGCUAAGGCAUCGGGGUAUCUUGAAGCUUGUCAAACAUAUAAGGUUGCUUUCUUGUUGCAUUUAAUGAAAGAUAUUUUAGGAAUCACUAAUGAGCUGAAUGUAUCCUUACAAAAGAAAGAGCAAAAUAUUGCAAAUGUCAUGCUACUUGUUCAACAUGAUAUUUUGGUGCCUAAUUUUGAUGAUCUAUAUGUUAACUCUGGAAGAUCACGGCGAAAACCUGCUGAUUAUACUGUCUUUCAUCAUUAUCGUGUUAAUGUGUUUUGUAAAGUUCUUGAUUGGCAACUUCAAGAACUUAAUGAUCGUUUUGACGAAGUGACAACUGAUUUGCUUCAUGGAGUUGCUUGUUUGAAUCCAAUUGACUCAUUUUCAAGUUUUGAUAUCAUAAAAAUAAUGAAGAUGGCUGAAUUGUAUCCUGAUGACUUUGAUGAAUUUCGGAUGAGUGCUCUUGAGAAUCAACUUGCGAGUUACAUUAUUGAUGUUCGUAAUUUUGAUGAAAGGUUCUCCAAUCUAAAUGGGAUUUCUGAUCUUUCAAAAAGAUUAGUUAAGACAAAGAAGCAUUCGGUUUAUCCUCUCGUAUUCCUCUUAGUGAAACUUGCGCUGCUUCUGCUUGUUGCCACUGCAACCGUUGAAAGAGCCUUCUCAGCAAUGAAGUUUAUCAAGAAUGACUUGCGGAAUCGAAUGGAUGAUGACUUUUUAGGCGGUUGCAUAGUGCCUUAUGUAGAAAGAGAAGUAUUUAGUAUUGUUUCUAAUGAGUCUAUUAUAAAAACAUUUCAAGAGAUGAAGCCUCGUUGA